GAUGGGGGUGAAUGGCGUGGCACUGGGAAGCUACGGUAGUGUUUCUUGCGCGUGCUCGUGCGCCACGCUGUCUUCCAUGUGCACGGCGCAGAUCGUGAUCGUCGGCGACGGGAAAAACCAAUGAGAUCAAUGAGGGAAUGUUAUACGCUUAAAAUUGUGCAUGAGCGUCCAUCAGGUCCAAGGGACUCCUUAUCUCCUCAUUUAAAUUUGGCGUCAGAUUCGUCGGAGGCGGAGAUUAUCACACAAAGUGCUUUGCUUCCAACUUUACAAAAACAUACAAAGGACGGGGAAAGAAGAAUGUUACAGAUGUUGGCAUGCGUGUUAUUUCCUGUAUUUACAUGCUGGAACAGAUUCAAUGAAAAUAUACCAGCGCCCCCCCCAAAAAAUGCUUAUCGACAAAACCGUGUCUCCAAAGUCAUCUCUAAGUGGACGUCAUAUCCUGGUGCAGUGGUCAGUCAGUGUAUUUACAUUCCAUAAAGGAUCCAAAUGAAAACAUGCUGCAGAAAGAAUGAGAGCAGGAGGAAGACGAGCACCGAUGUGUGGAGAGAGUGUGGGAGAAAAAGGAGAAGCAAAACAAAGCCCUGCAUUGUUGACUGUGGCAUUUCUCUUUUAUGAGCACACUUGGGAUCGGGGGAUUUACAAAAUGGACAACGGGGUGUGCAGCUAAUCACAAUACAGAAGGUCAGAAGUAAGAGAACAGAGAAGAUUUGGGAGGAAGAAGAGAGAAGUGAGGGUGUGUAAAUAGAGAACAAUACAGUAAUGUGUAUCACAAUCAUAACUGCUGACUGUAAUAGAUGAAAGGAUGAUGGACGGAGCAGGUGACAGGGCAGAGCCCAUGGGAUGAGCAGGGGUUAUUUCAGGCUUUGUAAUAGGAUAACUGUCAGAACGGGGAAACACAACUGUUCGUGGAUUUAGUUUGUAAUUUUUUGCUUGCUUAAAUCUGUUUGUGUUUUCUUUUUGGCCAUUUCUCCGUGGAUGCAACACAGACGGUCUGAACGCGGGGACUCUCCGGUGAAGUGGCUCGAUCGCUUCCAUUUCUCUCAGUCAUUUUCCAGUCGAUGCUUCGGGCUGAUAUCGAAACGUACUGAAACUAUCUCAGCUGCCGGACCUUGAUUGAAAACAAGCUUUCUGAUGACAAACUGGUAGCAUGUCAUCUUUAAUGAGGCUUUAAUGAUUCAUGAGUACUUUGGAAUGCAACUAAAAUACCUUUAAGCUUCAAAAGUUCAGGAUAAAACUACAAAUUUGUAUCUAGAGUAUCUACAGUAUGCUUUUCCUUUGAUUUAGUUUUGCUCAACCGACAUAAAAUGUACCAGUGGUUGAUUUUGGCACAUGUGGAAUUAGUCUCCAAACAUCCAGAGCUACACGAGUAGAUUUCCUGUGAAAUUACAGUAAUAAAAUGCACACACACACACACACACACACACACACACACACACACACACACACACACACACACACACACACACACACGCCGUUUUGAUGCUCACUGCUGUGCGUGCCCCCCUUCCCGCUUCCUGAUCACCAUCACCAUGGUUACAAUGAUGCAGGUUACCGUGGCAGCCAAGCAAACCCCACAAUCGCCGAUACAAUGGCGCACGUGCUUUGCCCCGCAGGCACAUACGCAGGCUGUGACGCUAAAGAGCGAGACCUAGAGUUUCUUGAGCUAUUUCUGGAAUAAGAAGUGGUGUUUAACGUCAUUACUGCAUUCACCUGGUCCCCAUCACUUUGAUCAUCUCUAAACCACUUGCUGGCUAUUUCAUCAGUACGCUAUGAACAUAUUCAUCCAGAGUCCGGUUGUUGGCGUUUUAUUGUUAAAAUAAAUUAUGAAAGCAAUUGGAACGAGGAUUCCUUUUAAUAAAUAUCCAGUGCAUCAUGUCUGUUAUUGUAUCUGCAGGUUCUGGUUCUUUACCCGCUUGCGUUUGUGCUUGUUCUUUUUACAUAGGCCUGAGCUCUACUACGGCUGGAUGUGACCACCAGGUGGUCACACUGGGAACUGUCACAUGAGGACCCAUUCUCUAAUGUUUUGUUACUUCUAAGAAGAAGAACACUCCAAGUGUUGGAGUGUUUAGUUUUUAAAACAAGUUAUUUUUAAGGCUUGCAGAAGAAAUAAAGAAUUAUUUUUAUUAAUAAUUAAUCCAGUGAUACUUUCAAGAAUAUAUCAAACAGUGUCUGACGACUGUAAUAAUAAGCCGACUUCCAUCUUUUGGUUUUUCUGCUUGUGUGCAAACUUAUAUUAGUCUGCUCACCUUUGUCUCUUUCAGGAUUUACUCCAACUUCUUAGUAGUAAUCUCAUUUCUUCUAAUCCAUCCCUCCUCACCUCACCCAUGCGCUCACACACAAAUAAACACAUGUACAGUAGCCUAGAUUCCUCAUAUAGAGCAGCAGCCAUUCAUGUUGUUGGACUACUGCUGUCGUUGUUGUGGAUUCACGCUGAUAAAACGCCAUGGAACCUUAUCCUUCAAGACUACGCCCAGCGAUACGUGGGUCGUCCUGCAAAACCUGCUGAUGUGCAUGGUGUGCUUCUACUCGCUCUACUACAUUGCGGUCAGCCUCUGCAUCGGGCUGCUCAGGGUCCAUGAGAUCAACAGCUUGUUGGCUCCAUUUGAUUACACAACGCAACCGUCAUGGCAGAACCCCAAAUACCUCGUUGGUGUCAUUUCUACAGAGGUGACCUAUAUUCUGGGCGGGCUGGUGUUCGCCUGGAUUGUAGAGGAGUGGGUGUGGGAUUACGCCAUAACUGUCACACUGCUGCACGUCGCCAUGACUGUAGCAGUGAUGUCGGACUUCCCUUCAGCUGAGCACUGGUGGAUAGCUCUGGACUCACAGCUGCUCACCUCCUACGUGCCUUCAGAUUCAGGUUUCCUGAGGUUCAGGCCUGGUGAUGAUGAUAUUUGGAGGGCAGCUCCUGGCCUACAAACUCUUCAGAAGCAACUUUGUCUAUCCAGCUGAACUGCAGAACUUCUAAUGAGUCCAACGAGGACAGCCUGUAACUGGCUUAAGGGUUAAUCUCAGGUCCAGAUUCAUCACAGUGGUCUCAAUUUGUGAAGCAUCAUAUUCACAGUAUGUUGGUAUAAUUUGAGCAACUAAUAAAGCAUCUACAUCUAUUCUGUUUUGGUUAUAUAGUAGAUACUAUAACUUUAUUGAAAACUAAUAGGCCUGUAUUUUUACAACUGGUGACAUUUCUACUACACCAGAAACUAUUUUAGAAACAAACAGCUAAAACCAGUCACCAGCAUCUGUAGCAUGAAUGUCCUCUGUAUAUAAAUUCUCAUCUACUCUACAAAUUGAAAUAAAUUGUGGUUGUGUGUAUUAUUUGAAUGUAUUGACAAAAAUAUUUAAAUGGAAUUUAUUGAGCAUGAAAUACUAUUAAAAUUACGUAAAUACGUUUUUAUGUAAAUGUGUCUAUACUGUAGGGAUGGAUUUUGUUUACUGUGCAUAAUUAAAUUAAUUAUGUAAAAUUA